AAAAUUCAAAAUGGCUGACACAACUGGAGGUAGGCUUUAUGUUACAGUAUUUUUAUAACGUGUUUACUAUUAAUUGCUUCAAAAUAAAACAAAAAUACAUUAACAAAUGAUUUUAGUUAAGUUUUAUCUAUUAGUAAUGCAUAAGUUUUAAAUAUUUAUGGUUUCGUAUAGUAUUAUUGAUCGGAGAAAUACCCAGUUCAGAAGGCAGUAGCGGCCGAAAAGAGACAGCCAUGUGUGACUCUCAGUCCGAUGUGGAGCGGCCGGCACCCACUAACGGAACGAGUGGAGGGGAAGCGACGAGGAUGAGAGAGGGGGAAGUUGAAGCAACAAGUGAGGGGGAAAGCGGAGCGCGGGAGGGGGAAACGACCACCGCUGGAGGGGAAGUAGUGGCGGGGCCAGGAGUGAGGAGAGAGCAGCCACAGGUGUCGACCAGCGCUGAUAGAUGUAUCGUGAGCUCCUGGAGUGAAGAAAAUAAAGACGAUAAACUCCGCCCGCAGUCACCUUUGGUGGUUAGCAGUUUCAGCGUGUGCUCCCCCCUCUUCACCACCUCUCGGUGCUCGAGCAGCCAAUCAUCGGCGUCGCCCAGCAGCAGUGGAGGGGCGAGGCCACGCCUACCGGCCAAUAGCAGCAUGUCGCCCAGCAGCAGUGGCGGAGCGAGACCACGCCUACUGGCCAAUAGCAGCGCAGUUCCUUCUCCAGCCAGCCGGCCGCUUGUGCUGCGUCCCUCCCAGUUGGGUGGCGGUGGUGGGGGAAGUGGAAGCAGUGCCUCCCCCUUUAAGCUACAAGCGCCCAAGCUGUUGAGUCCGUUUGCUAGCAGUGAGACCAAUGAGUGUGCACAAGAAGAACAGAACUCGGCUGAGGCAGAACCACUCUGUGCGCCAGAAAAAGCUAUACCUAUAACGUCGAACGAAGUUAGCUCCAAUUCACUGCAGGUAAUCAGCGAAAACGUAACCAGCUCGACCAGUAGUCCGACACGUACUGCAGUGGCCACGCCCUCCUCCUCUGUGGAUACCACCACCACCCAUUCGGCCACGCCCUCGUCCUCCGCGGCCACGCCCACCACCAGUGCUGGCGCCGCCCACUCAGCCGCCACGCCCACUCCCUCGCUGUCGUUUGUGCCGCUGAGUGCGCCUGCGCCCAAGGCAGGUGUAGGUGGAGGGGAGGGCAGUGGUGUGGCGAGCAGUGCCGCCGGCUCUACGGCUAGCCGAUUCGUUUUCGGACAGAAUCUGCAUGAGCGCGUCAUUGUGGAAUCGAGUACCUUGGACACAGCUGCUAGUUCUUCAUCAGCGUCUGCUUCUGUAUCGAAUAAUGGUGAAGCUAGCUGUUCAUCUGCAAGUACAGCUACCACCAAUGGCACAUCAGAAAUGUUGUUCUCAUCUGUGAUUCAAAAAGAACUACCUGACAAAUCAACGGAAAAUAGUGAAGAUAAAAAUCGUAAAAGUUUAAGCGAAGCGGCGAGGGAGUACGAAGAGUCACGAGCGAUUAAAAGGAAAUACGAAGAGGUGGCGGUGGUGACUGGAGAAGAAGAAGAGAACAACAUCCUCCAGAUGGACUGCAAACUUUUUGUGUACGACAACAACAAGCUGAACUACUCGGAGGGCGUUCACGGCAUGCUGAGGGUCAACGACCCGCCCAGCUCUGGCGCGGCCAAGCGAGCAACCAACGCGCAUGCGCAAUCGUCAAGGGUCAUUGUGCGCAUGUCUGGCAGUCUCAGGGUGCUGCUCAACACUAAGAUUUGGGCCGAUAUGAAAAUAGAGAAGCCGAACAGGAAAAUUGUUCGAAUGACUGCUAUGGACACUAACGGACAGAUUAAAAUUUUCCUCAUAUCGUCGAGUCCUUCGGAGAGUGAAAUGCUGUUCAAAGUUUUGGACGCACGAAUAAAGCAACAAAAGGAAACUGCGCUUACUUGUCAGAAUGGCAACGGAAAUGAGGAGAAAACAGGCGAACCGGAAGAAUGCACCAGCAGUAGUCCUAGCUAAAGAAGGAGGAGGAGAAGAAGAGGAAGAAAACAACCUAGAAUUUAAAUUUUCUUCAAACCUACUGUGUAUGACUGAUGACAAUUCGAAACUUAUUCAAUAUUUGUUCGAAGAAGUGACAAUUAUUAUUUUAUUCCAAUUACUAUGUUUUCGUGAUUAGUUGAUGAAUAAAAGCGUAUUCUACCCCAUCAUCACAAUAUUAUACUCCGUACAAAAUUACUUCAGACUUGGAGGAAUUUGCGGCGCAGUGAAAUGGAGGGAGAUCAGCCAAUUGCAGUGAUGGAUUGAGCCAUAGGUGGAAGCGCAGUUGCCAAUUUGUCGAACAGAGUCAGUCGAGUCUGAUUGCAAAGAGGAAACUUCCUAAGUUUAACAUGAGCGCUUGAAUACUCACUGGAAAUUAGAGAACGCUGGCCGAUACACAACGGCAACAUAGCCGCCGUUGUAUCCCUGGCGCUGUAUGCCUUAUCCCCUGCGCAUUUCCAUUCCAAGUAAGAAGUAAUUUUGUACAGAGUGUAAUCUCUAUUAAAAUAUCAACAUAGAGAAACGAUAGCAUAAGUAGAUAUCCCAUGGUAACUUAUAGGGCGUUUAUGUCGCAACUUUUAUUGUCAUCCCAAGCCGAUAUUUCACGUGGUUCUUUCCUAUGCACCUAUGUGACGCUGGUAGUCUCUCAAAUUGUGCCGUUCAUGCACUAUCACCCCAACAAAACAGUAAAAAUUUACAAUAAUCGACAGUAAUCGGCUUGAGAUAACAGUAAAAGUUGCUACAUGAAUUCCCUAUACCAUGGGAUAUCUACUUACGCUAUUGUUUCUCUAUGAUAUCAAUUACUGAUUAAUAUUGAUCCGUAAUCAAUAUAUUUUGAUUGCUUUUAAAGACUGCUUGUCUCUAAUUUCAACCGUUAUUCAAGCUUCGGAAAUAUUUAUUUAUUAUGCCUACAAAGAUUUGAAGGGACAAUACGAAUUUUUAUUAGUUUUGAAAGUUAGUUGUAAAGUGUUCUGUGCGUUUUAUAAUAGCGACAAUGCAUUUGAAGAUAUUAAUUUAUUUAUUUUCCGUGUUUUUUGUUUUGAAUUAUUUUAUUAACUAUGCUUGUUUCUGUGUAUUUGAAGGUGAUGAGGUGACCCCCCCCCUCCUACUUAGUGUAAUAGUGUAUACAAAAUUGAUUGAUUCAAAAAAUAUUCAUAAGUGUAAAUUAUCUAAAAUUCAAAUUUGAUGUAUUUUUAUUACCUUACCUAUUCAAGAAUUUUGAGACUACAGUUCUAAUUCUCCAAAUUUUAGGACGAUACUAUUUUGUAUUUGCAUCUUAAGUCAGUUUUCUCCCUGAAAUCAAAUUAACGAAAAACUUACCUACUAAAAAUGAUAAGUUUAUUCUCUGUUGAAUUCAGUUUUCCGUUACAGUAUUUCAUUGUCAGGAAAGCGAUUCUCCUUUCCCAGGUCUUCUUUUUGAGAAUUGUAACAUAAUCUUCAAAGUAUUCAGAUAUUGAACUCAUUAUAUAUUUCAAUUUAUGAGUCCAAUUGAAUUGGCUAUAUGUUAUUUCAAAUUCAAUUUAUCCUCCCCUGUUUCACAUUACCCACUUUAAUCUCAAAUUUAUCUCCAUUGUAAUUUCCAUUUUUUGUAUCUUACCAUUUUUACUACCAGUUAUCUUCUCUCGUAUCUUAAUUCUACAAAAAUGUUUGAAUACUUUUAUAACAGAAUACAUUAAUGGCCUAAUCAUAAUGAAUAUUUGGCCAAUAAAUAUCCAUAAUUCUCUGAUAACCAUACCAAGAUACUGCAUUUGCUUUUUGAGGUUUCUGUAGUUACAACAACCUCUGUGAAAUAUGUACUGUAACUAAAUACUGUGUAAAAUAAAAUCAAGUUGAUAUUCGUCGUCUUAAGUAAAAAAAUAACCAUUCCUAUGAUAUUAGAUAAAUUAAAAUAUGUUGGAAAUAGU